AUGCCAGAUGUCCAAACCUGCUGCGUGACCGACUGCGCCUUCUGGUGUCGCGAUCCCGGCUGCGACUGCGAACUGGACUCCGUCGCCGUGUGUCACGUUCCCGGCUGCGAGACCGCCGCGGUGACCUGCUCCGGCUGCGCUUCGGAGAACGCCGCGGCGAUCGACGAGGUGAACGUCUUGGAGAUGCAGAGCGGCUACGCGCCGUCCGAGUCUCCUGUGCACGUAAAAGGGCGCGAGUACGAAGGCCAGAGCAAUCGGCGUUGGCAAGCUGCCAUCAACUCGGGCGGAAAAUAUGUUUACCUGGGAUCCUUCAUUUCCGAGCAGGAUGCGGCUCGUGCCUUUGACAAGGCGGCCGUCAAGCUGCGUGGCACGCGAGCAAAACUCAAUUUUUCCUAUUCCGAGUAUGUGGACGAGAACGGCAACCUUUUGGAGGAUCCCAAGAUGAAGAAUGUGAUGUACAAAAUUGAGGCCAUCCAGGGAGGGACAGGUGGGCAAGGAAGUGGGGCCGGCGGCGGCGGCAGCGCUGCCGCCGCAGCAGGCCAUCGCGGCGGCUGCAGCGGCUUCAAGUCCGACGGGAGCUGCUACGAGGACCAGUCGGGUUACUCCCUGCACGGAGGAACCGCGGUGGCGUUGCCGCUGCCACUGCCGCUCCCGCACACUCACGAGGCCGUCUCCAUGGCGCUGUCGGCGAUGGAACCUCCCCCCCCAGCACACAGGCAUCUGCCGCUGAUCAUGACCGGAGGAGGCGGGUGCGGCGGCGCCUUAGGCGGUAUGCACGCCAAGCAGCACCAGCACCCAGAUCACCUCUGCGGUGGCGAUGGCGGCGCAAAGAGCUCCUCGGAUUGGCAGAGCGCGCGUGGCGGGGGCGGCGGCUGUGGUGGUGGUGGCGGUGGUGGUGCUGGUGGCUUGCAGGCUACGCUACAGCUCAACCUGACCGCGUCCCUCGCCACCGGGCCCCCGCAGCCGCCGCAAUCGCUGCCAUCUGUGCAGCACCAACACCACCAGCACCGUCUACAACAUCUGCACGAGGGAAGCGGGGAGGAGCCCCCCACCUUGUUCGUACACCUCCAGGAGGGGCUGCGCACUUCGGGGGCCUGCGGAAUAUCGCAUAGUGGGGCGGGUGCCCUCGGAGCUGGCGGAGGAGGAGGAGGAGGAGGAGGAGGAGGGGGUGGCGGCAAUAUAACCCGGGGGGCUGACGGCGCCUUAGCUGCCGUGGCAGAUCCCUGUGGCCCUAUGCCGCCUUCUUCCACCCCCAGCCGAAUGCAGCAACAGCACUCAGCAGUAGCAGUAGCAGUAGCACAACCACCGCCACCACCAUCGCGAGGCCGCGCCGUGCCGUCCCCACCGUCGCCGCGACACCGCGCCAUGUACGGCGGGUGCCCACAGCACGGCACUGGCGGCGGUACCCUGCUCGGGACAUGCAUGUCCGGUAAUGGCGGCGGCAGCUGUUACGACGUCCCACCGGGUGUGGGGCUGUUGACGUCGGGACACGCUGUGUCGGGCUCCGCGCCGCUGCCGCCGCCGCCGCCGCGUGUGCCCAGCCUCGCUGUGCAGAACGUGCUGCUACGGGAGCUGUCGCCUAGCGCUCCCGGGGUCAGCUUCCUACGCUUCGUGGACAACCGGUUCAAUAAAAACCCGGACGACACGGUGGGCGUGCUGUACCUCGACCACCGCGCGCCAGGGCGAGUGGGUUCGGCGGUUUGGAACGGCAAGUGCGUCAUCCGCAUGGGUAUGUACGACACGGAGCGGGACGCGUGCCAGGCUUCCAUUCGUUGCAUGCAGCUGAAUUGCAUGUUCGGCAUCGACCAGCCUAGUGCGGAUAUGUUCAACGCCAUGACGGACUUUGUCGGGCCUGACAUCGUGGACUGUGCGGGUGCGAAUCAGGAGCAGUACGACGCCGCGCAGCCGCCGCUGCCGUAUACCACGCGCAACGCAGCGCCGCGCGGCAGCGGCAACGGUAGCAUGAUAUCGCUUGGUGAGGCACCCGCGCUGGAUCUCCACCAAGCCCCUGUGAGCCACCGCCACCAUGCUGCUGCCGCCGCCACGAGCCCUCACCCGCACCAUCCUGGAGGGGUGUACGGACAACGCGGCGGCGGCGGCGGCGCACUGAUGUCGUACCAUGGGCCCGGUGGCAACUCUGUCGUCCUAUCGCCGCAGCCGGCAGCUGCACAGCAGCAGCACGGACAAGGUCCGCCAUCUCCAGGCGGCAGAGGUGACGGCGGCAGCGGCGGCGACAGCCAGGAGUACGGCACGUUGUACGACACGAAAGCGAGCGAGUCGGGCGGGGGUGAGGUGCAGGUAGCCAACUGCUCCAGAGGGUCGAGCCUGAGCUCCCUGCUCCAAGUCAUGAAGCACAUCGCCGGCGGCGGCGGUAAAGCCGGCGGCGGAGAUGUCGGCGGCGGCGGUGUCGUCUCGAGUUCAAUCCACCACCACCAUCAACACCAACAGCAGCACCAACAUCACCAGCACCAACAUCACCACCAGCACCAACAUCACCACCAGCACCAACAUCACCAGCACAAGCAGCAUCAAAACGGGGGCGACGGCGACGGGGGCGCCAGCGGGGGAACUGCAAGUGCGCUGGGCAAGCGCGGCCUGCACGGCGGCGGCGGCGACUACGUAUCGCUGGCUGGCGACCUCUCUCCGGUCGGCUGCCCCAAGCGGCAUGGGGAGCCCAAGCGCAUCCGGGUAGACGCUGCUGCCGCCGCCGCCGGUGGGGGUGCGGGUGGGGGUGCGGGGUCGGGCGGCAUUCAGCUGGAGCUGCGGUUGGAACCGCCCCGCAGGGAGCUCCUGGAGGCGCACAAGAUGCCGCUGACAAUGGUCCUCAAGACAUGGCAGCAGCAGCAGCAACAACAACAGCAGCAGCAGGCUGCGGCGGCCGCUCUGUGA